UUAAAUCUCUUGCUAGCUCUCAUGACAACGUUUCUGAUCCCUCCGAUCAGAAUCAUAGUGAUUUUAUUGAUAAUCAAGAGAGCAAUAGUGAGAUGAUUAAUGUCGCUCAAGAUGAUAGUACCAGUCAAGAAAGUUGGAAUGAAAUAGCUGCUACAAGAGAACGUGAUACUGAUAGUGAUCGACCAGCAAAUCCUGAGGUUCCAGACACUCCUGAGACUUCUGUAACUCCUGGGUUCCCAGAGACGCCUGAGACUUCAGAAACUUCAGUAAUUCCUGAGCCCCCAGAGACUCCCGAUUCUCCAGCAACUUUGGAGACUCCAAAAACUCCUAACACUCCAAUAAAUCCUAAUAUAGUUUCUGGUCCCUCUGAUUUCAGUAAUAGUGAUUUUAUUGAUUUUCAAGAGAGCAAUAGUAAGAUGAUUAAUGUCGCUCAAGACGAUAGUACCAGUGAAAAAAAUUGGAAUGAAACAGCUACGACAAGGGAACGUGAUAACGAUAAUAGUGAUCAUCGACAAAAAAAUUUUAAAUACGAUGAAUCUUUAUUCACACGUGCGCAAUUAUCACUUAUUCGUAAACGUAAAAUAGGUGAUAAUUCUGGAUUACGUUCUGAACCUGAAAACGUUCCUGGUCCCUCUGGUCACAGUGAAUAUGGAAAUAUUAAUUUUCAAGAAAUUAUUAAUGCAAUGUUUAAUUUCGCUCAAGAAGAUGAUAAUGUCGGUGAAGAAAAUAUUGAUGACAGAUCUACUAUAAGAGAAAGUGAUACUGUUGAUAGUGAUCGACUAACAACUUCUGAGAGCUCUGACAGUCCUUAUCCAUUAUCACCUCGUAAACGUAGAACACUUGAUAAUAGUGGAUUACAUUUUACACCUGGCAACGUUCCUGGUCCCUCUGAUAGUGAUGAGAUGAUUGAUGUCGGUCAAGAAAAUAUUGAUGAAAGAGCUAUUAUGACAAAACGUGAUACUGAUGAUAGUGAUCGACCAGGAACAACUUCUGAGAGCUCUGACAGUCCUUAUCCAUUAUCACCUCGUAAACGUAGAACACUUGAUUAUAGUGGACUAGCUGUUAUCCGCCCGCUCCGCUGGAUUCAAAAUUCUAUUGGAUUGGCCUGUACCGUUUAUCCAUGUCAUAAUUCUAGCGAAUAUCCAUUGUAA